CGUUUGUUUACCUUUUACACCCACGUCUAUCUGAAAGGCGGACGUUGUGUCGUAAAACGCUUUCAAUCGUCGUAAAAGGUGUCGUUUUUUGGCACAUUUUCACACUGCUGCUACAAGCUAAGUUGUUUUCAUUAGUGCUUGUUGUCUCUGUUCUCUCCAGACAUGGCCUCAGCUCCAGCACAGCAGCCCACACUCACUGUUGAGCAGACCAGAGUGGUACUGAGUGAGGUGAUCCAGGCCUUCUCAGUACCAGAAAACGCUGCCAGGAUGGAGGAGGCUCGAGAAAGUGCCUGCAAUGACAUGGGCAAGAUGCUGCAGCUUGUGCUCCCUGUAGCCACCCUGAUUCAACAAGAGGUUAUCAAAGCCUACGGCUUCAACAAUGAAGGAGAGGGUGUCCUGAAAUUUGCCAGAUUGGUGAAAAUGUAUGAAACCCAGGACCCUGAAAUUGCAGCCAUGUCCGCUAAACUGAAGUCUCUCCUCCUGCCGCCGCUGUCAACACCACCUAUAGGAGGCGCCAUUCCAGCUUCAUAGGAAUGGUUUACAUUCAUUGGUCAACUGCAAGGUUACUUUCAUCUAAUGAUGGACAUGAACAUACUGUAAUUCCAAAUAUUUGUCUAUCAUCUACUUUUGAGAAAUAAUGGAAAACACAGUUUCAAACUCAACACACUAAUACGUACUAAAAUCUCUGCAUAAUGGUUUCAUUUAAAGCAUCUUUGCAAAAACAUGUUAAAUUAUUGCUUUUUAAAUGUUUCAGUAUUUAUUUGUUACAUGUUACACUAUGGCCAUUUUCCUGUAUCGUUGAACCUUAAAUGUUUUUUCCUUUAAUGCUAUCGAUUUUAUAAUUUUAAGUUAUACCAUUUUUAUAUACUGGCAGAUGUAUCAAAUGUAAUUCUUUUGUUAUGUUAAAAUAAAAAUGUUUUUCUGUGAA